CACCGCUGAUCUCAUCUCCCUGUCCAACCAGCUGAAGCGCUGCCCUGGGCUCGCUGUGCUGUCAUCCCAUCAGCUGAUACGCGGGCAGGGCCAGAACAAGUUAACUUUUGGGACCACCUUCUUUCUUUUGUACAAACUCCAGCAAGUCUUGCUCCAGAUUUCUACAUAAACCACUGCCCCACAGGAGAAAUCUGCCGAAAUCUUGAAUUGGUUCCAUCUCUGUUUGGACCUGUGGACACCACCUUGUAUCUAAAGAAGCUCUGGAAGUACCACUUUAAAACGCAACCAUGUUGGCAGAGCUGGGCUCGCGGGUUGCCCAGGUUUAUGAGGGGCUGCUAAAAGGAGAUCCACGAAUUGAAGAAUAUCCCUUCAUGGUGUCUCCAGUCCCUAUGACAGCUGUCCUCUUGUUCUACGUAUAUUUUGUACUGUCUCUGGGACCCAAGCUGAUGGCUGGCAGGAAGCCCUUCGAUCUUAAAAAGAUCAUGGUUUGCUAUAACUUUGCACUGGUGUUCUUCUCCAUAUUCAUAGUCUAUGAGUUCCUGAUGGCUGGCUGGGCUACAGGAUAUACAUUCCAAUGUGAUCCAGUAGAUGUAUCCAAUAGUCCAAAAGCUCUUCGGAUGGUGCGUGUAGCAUGGCUGUUCUUAUUUUCCAAGUUUAUAGAGCUGUUUGACACAGUAUUCUUUGUUCUGCGGAAAAAGAACAGCCAGAUUACCUUUCUUCACAUCUUUCACCACUCGAUCAUGCCCUGGACCUGGUGGUGGGGAGUCAAGUUUGGACCAGGUGGUAUGGGAUCCUUCCAUGCUAUGGUGAACUCUAUCGUCCAUGUCAUCAUGUACUUCUACUACGGCCUGUCUGCAGCUGGUCCAACGUUUCAGAAAUAUCUCUGGUGGAAAAAGUACAUGACAGCCAUCCAACUGGUCCAGUUCAUUGUUGUCUCGCUGCACGUUAACCAGUACUACUUCAUGGAUCACUGUGAUUACCAGUUCCCCAUCUUCAUCCACCUCGUGUGGAUGUACGGAACAUUCUUUUUUAUCCUUUUUUCCAACUUCUGGUACCAGGCCUACACCAAGGGAAAGAGGCUGCCCAAGAGCACGGAACAGAAAUGCAGAGGGGCUGUGAAGAACGGCAAGCUGGCAGCAGAAAACGGGGGGCACUGGUUUGACAACGGGGAGGUGAUGAACGGGAAGGUGAAGACAAAAUAACAGGAGGAUAGCUUUUUUUUUUUAAUAAACACCAAUUAUUGUAUUUUUGUGUUUUGGAGAGGUUUCAGGAGGGAGGGUGCAACAAGUAUCUGGUUUUGAACUUGACUUGAGAAUUUCAUGCAACCGAUUAAUCACUUUGGCACCGUGAUGGCAUUUAACCUGGGUAAAGAUGUCCGACUUGAUGUUUUAAGGAUUCUCUGUAAUUAACAAAUGGCUUGUGGUUAAUCGAGUCUGAAUUUUGUUUGGAUUCAUUGCACUUGCUUAAUUGGCAUUGGGGGUGCAGGAAUAAAGCAGACUGUUUGACAUGGGAGAGGAGAAUCUACACCUCUGACCACCAGGACCAGUUCAGUGCUGGUCUGUGCACGAGGCUAGUCUUGCACAUGCUAUAUUUAGAGCAGUGGAAUGUGCAAUUUUUUCAGCCUCUGUUGCUAUCCUACUCCACCAAUUGGGAUUUAUAAUUCCGCCAGAUCUGCAAAGAACUAAAAGUGUCACGGUGUUGCCUUUUAACCCUUCGUCUGGAAACCUGCAGACAAUAAAACCUGUAAUGCUGUUUAUUCUACCCACUAUCACGCAGUUAAAAGCUGCGAGAGUGCUCUGAAAUGGCCCACUCGGUUGGGUCGGUCUUUCGUAAUUUAUAAUAUCUAGUUUAAAAAAAAAAGAAAGCAUCACUUUCCAAUUUAUGUAACAUUAUACUAAUUAUAAUUAGAAGUUUUACACUUUUAUUUGUUGGAAUCGAGCAACGUUGCUGUAUAUUUUGGGAAUGAAGGAAAACACAAUAUUUAAAAGAAAUAGCUGCAUGUUGGAACAGUGUUAAUGUUUUCCAUACAGCAGGGAUCAAAUUUUAUUAACAUUUUGGGUUGGAGUAGGAGAAUCAAUUAUAUAUUUUUUCACUUGCUGAAUACCCUUUAGAUGAUAAAACCCAUGAGAAUUCCCUUUUCCUUUUGAUCUGUUAUUGCUGGGGACCGUACAAUAUGCCAAAUGUGGGGUCGUUCUCAACACCCCUCCAUUUAGUCGUAGAUGGAUUGUGGCGAGCAUGAUCUACUGAGGUGGACACUGUGGCUAUAACUAGUCUGGACGCUUAGACAGUUGACACCAGCCUCCUUUAUGGAUAGUAAACGGAAGCAAAAUAUAGCUGCUGUUAAUUAGUAUUGCGUACAUAUUCCCCAUUACCUCGCUCCGAAUAGCCUUCGCCUUCUGUCUACUAUCUCAACCUGAUACUGCUGCAUUAGGAGUCGUGUUGAUGAGGUGUACACACAAUCUUUUUCUUGCAGUAGGUGCCAGCUGUGUGUGCUGAUGAGUAUCAUGUGAAGCAGUCCUUGGGGAUAAACUGCUGAUGACACACCUCAGCUGUACUGCUCCAUUAGAAGAGGCUUCAAAGUACAAUACUUGAAAAGCAGUACAGGUACAUCUUUAGUUCUUUGCAAAUCUUUUUCAUACAGCUAAAACAGAUCCCCGUGAGUGAAAGAACAGUGAAGGAAAAUCUCUGGGAUUAUGAUGUCACAGGAGCAAGUUUCAAUAGGAAUUCUCUGACUGAAAUAAACUCAAUUUCAAAACUCAA